GGAGAAGGGGGUGGUACCCUGCGAGAGUGCUGUGGGACGAAAGUCGUUAACGCCAGAUCCCGGGGGAAGCGGGAGCGGAGGGGCCAUGGAGAACUUCACGGCGCUGUUCGGGGCUCAGACUGACCCCCCGCCGCCGCCGAGCGCCCUGAGCUUCGGGCCGGGGAAGCCGCCGCCGCCGCCCCCGCCUCCUCCGGGAGGGGGUCCGGGCUCGGCCGCGCCCCCGACGGCGACCUCGGCCUCCGCGGGAGCCGAGAAGUCCGCGGCUGGAAGCGGCCCCUUCUACCUUAUGCGGGAAUUGCCAGGCAGCACAGAGCUGACGGGCAGCACCAAUUUAAUCACACACUACAACCUGGAACAGGCCUAUAAUAAGUUCUGUGGCAAGAAAGUGAAGGAGAAGUUAAGUAACUUCCUGCCUGACCUGCCAGGGAUGAUUGAUCUCCCUGGCUCCCAUGACAACAGCAGCCUCCGCUCUCUCAUUGAGAAGCCUCCUAUUCUUGGUGGCUCUUUUAAUCCCAUCACAGGGACUAUGCUGUCUGGUUUCCGCCUCCACACUGGCCCGUUGCCAGAGCAGUGUCGUCUGAUGCAUAUCCAGCCUCCCAAGAAGAAGAAUAAACACAAGCACAAACAGAGCCGUACUCAGGACCCUGUCCCUCCAGAAACACCAUCUGAUUCAGAUCACAAGAAGAAGAAAAAGAAAAAAGAAGAGGAUCCUGAGCGAAAAAGAAAGAAGAAAGAGAAGAAGAAGAAGAAGAACCGACACAGUCCAGACCACCCAGGUAUGGGCAGCUCCCAGGCCAGCAGCAGCAGCAGCCUUCGCUAACAGGGCCACUGGACUUUGCCAAGGAAGGCUUCCCUGUUAUACUCAGCCUGCUUACUCUUCCAGGCGUUUGGACACUGCCAUGGGAGCAUCCAACAGCUGUGCUUGUGGCUAACACACUUUAGAGAAGGGCCAUACAUUUUUAUGGUUUAGCCCAAUUGGCUUUUUCAAGGAUAUCCCUUCUCACAAGAAGCUAUUCUUUUUUUCUCAGCCUCUUUGACUCCAGGGCUUUUUUUUUUAUUUUUUAUAUUAUUUUUUUUUAAGUGUUUUAACAGACUGGCUAGCAUGGCUGCGUUUUAAGAGCAAGUACUGUUCUACUUGAGUCAAUUUAAGACAAGGCACUGCAAAGAUUUUGAAUAUUGCCAUCACAAUAUCUUCUUAGCAUGCUGGGAAAUCAAAAUGAGAGCAGAGCAACACAAUUUGCAGUAUUUUCCGCCCAGACAUAAAAUACUCUGCCCAUAAUGCUCAGAGUCAAGUGCUUGGAUAUCUUCAGACUCCCUCAGGCCCAAUAAGGUUUAUGCCUUGUUGAUAUACCACAGGGAACUGGUGAUCCACAAUCACCAGUAGAUUUUAGCAGAAAAAAAAAAAAAAAAAAAACACAAAAAAAAACUUGUCUUUGUCCCAUAAUGCUCCCACCUUUUUCUGGGGCCUGGCCCCCUUGUGUACACUAAUUUAUCUUUUCCUCUCCCUUUUUUCCAUGUGUGCUUUUUAGAUGAACCUUUGGCUCUUCAAGAAGUUUAACGUUUCUCUUAUUUAGCUUUUAAAAACUGGAUUUGGUUGUUUUGGGAAGAGUUUUUUGUUUGGGUUUUUUGAGACUGUCACACUUUGUAACCCUGGCUGGCUAUAAAGUCUACACUGACCUCAAGCUCAAGAGACUCACCUGCCUCUUCUCCCAAGUUCUGGGCCCAAGGGAUGCACCACCAUAUUUAGCUGGUUCACUGUGUGUGUGUGUGUGUGUGUGUGAGUGAGAGAGAGAGAGAGAGAGACAGAGAGAGACACAGGGUUUCUCUGUGUACCCUGCUAUCCUGGACUCACUUUGUAGAACAGGCUGGCAAAUUCAGAGAUUUACCUGCCUCCACCUCCUUGAGUCCUGGGAUUAAAGGGGAAUGCCACCACGCCUGGUUGCUCUUUUACUUUCUCAAGAGAAAGUUAAAGACACAAGAGUUCUCUUAAGACAUCAAAAGACAAGGUGUUUUUGUUAUGAAAAAUUAGGUUCUUCUUAUCCAUCCAGCAGAGCGCCUAAUUUGAUAAAAUAAAAACAGAACCAGAGAAUAA